GUGGCGACAGACAAGGUGGCAGAAAAGCUGAGUUCUACUCUCUCAUGGGUGAAGAACACGGUGUCGCAUACAGUCAGUCAGAUGGCCAGUCAGGUGGCGAGUCCGUCUGCUUCCCUGCACACUGCAUCCUCAUCCACCACAGUGUCAACACCAGCAGCUUCACCAUCUUCUCCGUCAAAGUUGAGUCCAGAUGACUUAGAACUCCUGGCUAAGCUGGAGGAACAAAACAGGUUGAUAGAGACGGACAGCAAGUCUUUACGAUCUGUGAACGGGUCGAGAAGAAACAGCGGCUCCUCUCUUGUGUCAAGCUCAUCAGCCUCCAGCAACCUCAGCCACCUGGAGGAAGAUUCCUGGAUUCUUUGGGGAAGAGUCGUGAACGAGUGGGACGAUGUGCGUAAGAAAAAAGAAAAGCAAGUAAAGGAGCUUGUUCGUAAAGGGAUACCUCAUCACUUCAGAGCGAUAGUUUGGCAACUUCUAUGCGAUGCACAGAGCAUGUCUAUUAAGGACCAGUACUCAGAACUCCUGAAAAUGACGUCACCCUGUGAAAAGCUGAUCAGAAGGGACAUUGCUAGAACUUACCCAGAACACAAUUUUUUUAAGGAAAAAGAUAGCCUUGGGCAGGAGGUUUUAUUUAACGUAAUGAAGGCGUACUCCUUAGUGGACCGUGAGGUCGGUUACUGUCAAGGCAGUGCUUUCAUUGUUGGAUUGUUGCUUAUGCAGAUGCCAGAAGAAGAAGCUUUUUGUGUAUUUGUUAAAUUAAUGCAAGACUACAGACUGCGGGAACUUUUUAAACCAAGUAUGGCAGAAUUGGGCCUUUGUAUGUACCAAUUUGAAUGUAUGAUACAGGAGCAUCUUCCAGAACUCUCUGUACAUUUCCAAUCUCAGAGUUUCCACACAUCAAUGUAUGCAUCAUCCUGGUUCCUGACUAUCUUUCUCACAACUUUCCCACUAUCGGUCGCAACAAGGAUAUUUGAUAUCUUUAUGUCUGAGGGUUUAGAAAUAGUGUUCCGAGUAGGAUUAGCACUUCUUCAAAUGAAUCAGGCAGAAUUAAUGCAACUUGACAUGGAAGGGAUGUUACAGCACUUUCAGAAGAUCAUUCCACACCAGUUUGAUGGUGGCCCAGAAAAAUUAAUCCAGUCAGCUUACCAAGUCAAAUACAACUCAAAAAAAAUGAAAAAACUUGAAAAAGAGUACACUACAAUAAAAACUAAAGAAAUGGAAGAGCAAGUUGAAAUUAAAAGGCUACGCACAGAAAAUAGGCUUUUAAAACAGCGCAUUGAAACGUUAGAAAAAGAAAGUGCUUCCUUGGCAGAUAGAUUGAUACAGGGACAAGUGACAAGAGCCCAGGAGGCUGAGGAAAACUACCUCAUAAAACGGGAGUUGGCCACCAUCAAACAGCAGAGUGAUGAGGCCAGUGCUAAGCUGGAGCAGGCUCAGAGCACCAUCAGGGAGCUGCGGCAUCACCACCGAUGGCAUAAAUGCAGCUCCACCUACAAUGAAGAUUUUGUGCUGCAGCUGGAGAAGGAAUUGGUCCAAGCCAGGCUAAGUGAGGCUGAGUCUCAGUGUGCGCUGAAGGAGAUGCAGGACAAAGUGCUGGGUAUGGAGAAGAAGAACAACUCAUUUCCCGAUGAGGACAACAUCGCGAGGCUUCAGGAGGAGCUCAUCGCCGUGAAGCUGAGAGAGGCUGAGGCCAUUAUGGGUCUGAAAGAACUGCGCCAGCAAGUCCGGGACUUAGAAGAACACUGGCAACGUCAUUUAGCUCGGACUUCUGGAAGAUGGAAGGACCCACCCAAGAAAAACGCUGUCAAUGAGCUACAAGAUGAACUGAUGAGCAUUCGCCUUAGAGAAGCAGAAACACAGGCAGAAAUCAGAGAAAUGAAGCAGAGGAUGAUGGAGAUGGAGACACAGAGCCAGAUCAACAGUAACCAGCUUCGAAGGGCAGAACAGGAAGUGACCAGUCUGCAGGAGAAGGUGCACUCUCUUUCUGCGAAGAACAAAGGAUUGCUCACCCAGCUAAGUGAGGCAAAGCGCAGACAGGCGGAGAUCGAGUGCAAGAACAAGGAAGAAGUCAUGGCUGUGAGGCUCCGGGAAGCCGAUAGCAUGGCUGCUGUGGCUGAACUACAGCAGCACAUCGCUGAGCUCGAAAUCCAGAAAGAAGAGGGCAGGCUGCAGGGACAGCUUAACAGGUCGGACUCCAACCAGUACAUCAGGGAACUGAAGGAUCAGAUAGCCGAGCUGACUCAUGAGCUCAGGUGCCUCAAAGGCCAGCGGGACUUCUCCAGCCAACCGCCUUUUGACGGAAUCCACAUCGUCAGCCACUUAAUAGGAGACGAUGACUCGUUCCACUCAUCGGAUGAGGAUUUCAUAGAUAGUUCCUUACAGGAAAGUGGCAUUGCUUUUCCUUUGCACAGAAAAUCUGGCCCCGUGUCUCUGAAUCCUGCUUUGGCAGAAGGCAGCGAGAGCGAUGUGGAAGAUGGGGCACUGGGGACUGAGGGGAGCAACCGUGACAGCCCAGGGGGGCAGCCCCCACAAAGAGAGUCCUACUCAACCACAGUCUGA